AUGGACGCGAUAUCCUUUGUUCUGGGAAUUAAAUCCGCGCAACUACGUUCAUCACAACUACGCGAUCUUAUAUACAGAGGCCGAGCAAUGCAUGAAGAUGACGACGAGGAUGGAGAUGUUACAGCCAUCGAAGGGCGCGCCAAUAAUCCAAAACGUGCAUGGGUUAUGGCUGUUUAUCAAGAUGACAAUGGAAACGAAAUCAAGUUUGCGCGAACGAUAACAACAUCAGGUCCAAGCGAAUACAAGAUCAACAAUAAAGUAGUGACAUAUCAAAAGUAUAAUGAAGCAUUGGAAAAACAGAAUAUUCUUGUGAAGGCUAGGAACUUUCUUGUCUUCCAAGGUGACGUGGAAGCCGUUGCGUCACAGUCUCCGAAAGAUUUGACACGAUUAAUUGAGCAGAUUAGCGGAUCAGCAGAAUUAAAAGUCGAAUAUGAACAAUUGAAAGUACAGCAAGAGCGUGCAACAGAAAAUUCUGCAUUUAAUUUUAACAAAAAGCGCGGCAUUAAUGCUGAAAUUAAACAAUAUCAAGAGCAGAGAGCAGAAGCAGAGAGAUUUGAACAAUUACAGAAUGAUAAGACCCAGCUCACUAUAAAGUAUUUGCUUUGGAGACUCUAUCACAUUGACAAGCAAAUAAAAGAGUCAAGAAAGGAAAUGAGUAGUCUGGGCGAAAAAAUUACUGCUAAACAAAAAGAACAGGAAAGGGUCGACCGACAGCUCAGAGAUGCGAGAGCGGAACAGGCGAAAGUGCAUAGAACACAUUAUCAACUGGAAAGAGACAUUCUGACGAAAGAAAGAGAACUAGAAGAGAAAAGACCAGAGUUGCUAACAUUAGAAGAAAAGAUUAUUCAUUCGAACAAGAAAAUAAAGCACUAUGAAGCAAAUGCUGAGAAAAUUGAUCAGGAUUAUCAAAAACAGACCCGGCAUGUCGACAAGCUAAAACAAGAUUUGGAAGAAAUUACUUCAGCGGCACAGAGAUAUGAAGCAGUACGAGCGGAAGGCUCAGCACAUCCGACUUGGCAGAAUAUAACAAAAGGCAAGAAUGACAUCCUUGUAAUCAGAAAAGAAGAAGUCAACCGGCAGAUGCUCAAAGAAAAACAGCAGUUAGAGAAUCUUAGACGUCAACAGAAAACCAGCAGUGAAGCCACUCAACGUUUGAAAGAAAAAAUAUCCGAACUCUCUAGACGUCGCCAGCAAGUCAUGGAAGAAAAAGAUGCUUCACUUAACGCCAAAGAAAAGGUUGCAGGCUAUGUUGCUCAAUUGACUACAGAUCUCGAAAAUCAGAGAAAUGACUUACAUAAUGUGGUUAACGAGCGGAAUAGAAUAACCAAACGCGAGAGCGAGCUCAAUACACAGCUCCAAGUCAUUCUUAACCGUCUUAACGAUGCGCGAGUUGACCAGCGGGAAUCUGAAAGAGAGGCUAGAAUGAAGGAAUCUUUGAACAGCUUGAAAAGAGUAUUUAGCGGUGUAUAUGGUCGCUUUAUUGACCUUUGCCAGCCAACUCAGCGCAAGUACGAAGUUGCCACUUCUAUAAUACUUGGAAGGAACAUGGACGCUAUUAUAGUAGCUACAGAAAAAACAGCCAUUGAAUGCAUUCAAUAUAUGAGAGAGCAACGCCUUGGUCAUGCGACUUUUAUUCCACUCGACACUAUAGCUGUCAGGCCGAUCAACGACAAAUAUCGUAGCUUGAUGAAAGGUGCGAGAUUGGCAAUUGAUGUUAUAGAGUACCCGGAUGAGCUUGAGCGUGCUUUACAAUAUGCAUGUGGAAAUACUCUUGUUUGCGACGAUUUGGAGAUAGCAAAGGCUAUUUGCUAUGGUAGGAACCAAGAGGUGAAAGCUGUAACUUUGGAUGGUACUAUUAUUCAUAAGAGUGGUUUGAUCACUGGCGGCAGAAGCGGUAUCGAAGCUGGCGCACAAAGGUUUAAAGAGCAGGAAGUAGAUGCAUUGCGGCGCAAAAGGGAUGCAUUCCUGGCUCAACUUAACGAGCUAAUCAAGCUUAGGCGAAAGGGUCAUUCAGAAGAACAGAUGAAAGGCGAAAUAUCAGCCGCUGAGCAGAAAUUAUCUCUGUUUCGUGAUGAUCUGGAUAAUAUCAUCCGUAAACUAGCGUCAUUAGAGAGCGAACUACGUAUUAUUGAGGACGAGAUUUUACAAGUUACCCCUAAACAUGAACAAUCCCAAACCACUUUAUCACAGUUGGAGAAUCAAAUACAGACAAUCGAAAAAGCAAUUCACAGUAAAGAAGAUACGAUAUUUGCCGAUUUUUGCAAAAAGAUUAAUGUAGGAAACAUCAGAGAAUAUGAACAACGACAGCUCAAAAUGGCUCAGGAAGCCGCUGAAAUGAGAUUACGAUUUACUACACAUCAGUCUCGAUAUCAAAACCUUUUAACGUUCGAGACUGAACAGUUGAAGGAAACCGCAGAUCGUCUUCAGAAAAUACGAGAAUUUAUGUCUAACGAUAAAAAGUUGUUGGCAAAUUUUGAACGACGCCGUAACGCAAUGCUUGCUGAUAACGAGCGUGUUAACAACGAAAUUGCAGAACUCCGUCACGACCUUGAUCGGACAAAGGAAGAAUACGAAACCAAGAGUGAAAUAGUGAAUAAUUUGAGAAAAGAGUUAGCUCAGAAGACAAGAGAAGUGGAUAAAAUGUUGAAAGAUAUUUCCAAUAGGGAAGCCGAUGUCAAGAAAUGCAGCACAGAUCAGUUCUUUAUAUUUCGUAAAUGUAAACUAGAAGACAUUGACAUACCUUUGCUCUCGGGCUCACUCGAAAACAUUCCACUUGAAGACUCUUCUUUACAAGACGGUGACCCAAUGGAUUUAGAUGAUGGCGGCAGUCGAGCUAAUACUAGAUCUGCGGCACGAGCUGCUCGAGGUGAGACUAACUGGAAUGUCGAAGUGGACUAUUCUGGGUUGGAUCGAGAACAAAAGGAGGAUGAUUCGCCUGAAACGGAGCAAAAGUUUUUGAAAGAUAUACAAGAGAAGGCGGCCGAGAUAGAGCGAGUUGCACCUAACCUAAAGGCCAUUGAACGGUUGGAUGGAGUGGAACAGCGUCUACAUGAGACAGAAAGAGAAUUUGAUAGUGCAAGAAGAGAAGCGAAGACUGCAAAGGAAAAAUUUAAUGCGAUAAAGCAAAAACGUCAUAUUGCUGAGCGCAUUGACCAAAUAUACAAAGAUCUUACUAAAAGCCGUAACUUUCCUCUUGGGGGGACGGCUUAUCUUAGUUUGGAAGAUACAGAGGAGCCAUACCUUGAUGGUGUAAAAUACCACGCAAUGCCUCCGAUGAAACGUUUCCGUGACAUGGAACAGUUAUCUGGCGGUGAGAAGACAAUGGCGGCUCUUGCAUUGCUCUUCGCCAUUCACAGUUAUCAACCGUCGCCGUUCUUUGUGUUAGAUGAGGUCGACGCUGCUUUGGAUAAUACCAAUGUUGCUAAGAUAGCUAAUUAUAUCCGAGAGCACGCGUCAGAUACGUUUCAGUUUAUUGUCAUUUCACUAAAGAGUACAUUAUAUGAGAAAGCGCAGGCGCUGGUUGGGAUUUAUAGAGAUCAGGACGUUAACAGUAGCAGGACGCUUACAUUACAGUUGGAUCAAUAUGAGGAAUAG